CCACGUGGCCGCCAUGGUAUCCGGAUUUGUACGCCACGAGUAACGAGCGAUAGUAUGGGCUGGUGGUCGGCCAUGGACGCGUACCUCCAUGUCUACGUUGCGAUCGGCGCUGCCAUGGUCGCCAAGGCCUGCCAAGAGGCGUGGCUCGCUGCCUUCUACCAGUACGAGGCGCUGGCGGCUAGAGGCAACAGCCGGCGCGUGCUCGGCCGUCUGCGCUUUGGCUACUGGUCGCUCUUUGGCUCGCAGCUCGCGAAACACUGGGUGCUAUGGUUGCCAGGCCUACUGCUGCUCGCGUAUUGGGUCUGGAGCCGCUACUUGUCUGGCAGCUGGAGCACUGUGAGCGUCGACACGGUCGACGAUGCGGACGUGCCCGAGCUCGAGCCCAUCGAGCCAAGUAGCGUCGAACGACCACGCGCGCCAGCAGCGACGACCACGACCACGUGCAAGCCGCGACAAAAGAAGGCUUUGCGCACGAUCAAGGACCACGAGGCGUCCCAGAAGCGCAAGUCCGAAAGGGCCUUUCAAGCCCUCCUCGCGCAAAAGGCCAAAUUCGAGCAUGCGACGGUCGAGCGACCGUCCGGCUGGAUGGUGUACGACGCAGCCGCAGGAAAGCUGGUGCUCGCCAGCGGCGACUAAUAGAGCGACUUUUGAUGUAGUGAUUGGUUGCCAGAACGCACUUAAAUUGGAUGCCACGACUACAAAUUCUCGGAAAUGAACUCCUUGAUCGCCCGCUUGUGCAUCGAC